UUUAGUGCAUUCGUUUCGUUCGGUUCGCUCCAACGGUACUCUGUCGUUCGGUGAAAGGACAACCUCAAUAUAACCCAUACAAGUGAAGCACCAACCAACGAACACACACACACGCACGCACGCAUCGUCUACAUAGGUGCGGCAGGCAGUCAGUGGUAGUGCCAACGGUAACGGUAACGAUUAAAAUUGAUAAAAUGUCAGCUUGCAGCUGAAAACUUUUCAAUAAAAUAAAAUCAAUUCAAAUUCAAUCAAUCAUCAAGCAGCAGAGACAACGACAGCGCCAGUAACCUCAAAAUCAACCAACAAUCGAAUAACAAUCGAAGAAGAGGAAAGGCAGCGGCAGAGUCCUGCGAUCCACUCCGAGGCUGGUCGAGCCGGGCCCCAGGGCUAAUGAAGAUGAAGUGAUAUCCCGGCCAGCUGGAACUGUGUUCGAGCCGAAAUUAAACAGAAUAUAAAUCGCUGGAAAAAUGGCAGCGAUUUGUCAGCAUCUGUCGAGCGGAACAAAUGCAAAGUAGUUAUCUAACUAAAGGGAAAACUACAGCGAGUCUAGCGGACUAGGCGGUAGAAUACAUACAUUACGCAAAACGAUUUUCUUUUAAUUUUUUUGCUGGCGACCUUUUUGUUGCGGCAAUUUCACGCAUCGCAGCGGGAUGAUGGCAGGCGCUAAUCAGGCCGCUCCCAGCCACGCCCCUCAGUUAUUCCGGCAACACAUUUUCAAAUAGCUCCAUCCCAACACAGAAAAACCCAGAGAUAUAGAGUAAGCGAGCGGGGGAGGGCUCAGAAGUGAAAUAUUAUGGCCACUUUUCAAAUGGAAAUGCGCCAGCAGCAGGAGCAGGAACAGCAGAAGGAGGAGCAACGAACGAAUUUAAAGCAACGAGAAACGGCAACAUCUGCAACAGCAAGAGCGGAUACACUUGCCACAUCCACAGCCAGGAGACAACGACCAGAGCGAGAUCAACAGCACUCGGACCCACCAGAAAUCAGCACAGAUUGCACCAGGCUUUGGCCAGGCACCUGCAAUAGCAGCAUCACAGUCAGGGUCAGUGGUUGCGGCAGUGGCAGUGGCAGAGGCAACACCAAUCCACUCAUCAGCAACAUCUCCACCAACAACAACAAAAGCAGCAGCAGCAACACCAAGAGACUCUACGUGGACUGCAGAGGCCGUCAAAGGGCACUGAUAAUGCUCAGCAUGCUCUUUCUUAUCAUCGCUCUGAUAUCUGGAAAUGGAGUGUUUGCCGCACAGCGUGACUCAAACAAAUCGAAGGAUAUGAGCAGCAGUAAUAAUGCCAUUCCGAAUGGUGGAGCAGGAGCAGCUGGCGUGGGAGAGGCCUCCCAGUCGCCAGGAGGUCCCAAUGGUGUCGCCGGAAGCGGAAGCAUGAGCAGCAAUAGCAACAAUGCGAACGGAAAUAACAAAAAUGGCCAUGCAGCUGGAGGAGGAGCAGGCUUCUCACCAGCCUCCGAGUCCAGCUCAAUGACAACCGAUGCCAGCAAAGCGCCCAGCUCUAGCUCCAGCUCUGGAUCUGGCUCAAGCUCCACCACCAUCACUGGCAUUCCUAGCAGUAGCUUGCACAAGGCCAGCAGCAGCAGCAUCAACACAAUUGCCUCACAAUCGGGAGCCGCAUCCGCAUCCGGCAUCCAUCGCAACAGCAUCGACCUGAUGGAGGAGGCACGCAAUGCGGGACCCUACUUCGACAAGGCCGUCUCCAAGAAUGUCACCGCCCUGCUGGGCAAGACGGCCUAUUUGAACUGCCGCGUCAAGAAUCUGGGCAACAAAACGAUGCUGCUUCAGGUGUCCUGGGUGCGACAUCGGGACAUACACUUGCUGACAGUGGGCCGGUACACGUACACGUCGGAUCAGCGCUUUCGGGCCAUACACCAGCCGCAAACCGAAGACUGGAUGCUACAAAUCAAAUAUCCGCAGCAUCGUGAUUCUGGCAUCUACGAGUGCCAGGUAUCAACCACACCGCACAUGAGUCACUACAUUCACCUGAAUGUUGUUGAACCCUCGACGGAAAUAAUCGGCGCCCCCGACCUGUAUAUAGAGAGUGGAUCGACUAUAAAUCUCACCUGUGUCAUACUCAACUCACCGGAGCCGCCGGCUUAUAUCUUCUGGAAUCACAAUAAUGCAGAUUUCCAUUCUCAUCCGCAGAUUAUCAACUACGAUUCGCCGCGCGGCGGCGUUUCGGUGGUGACCAAUAAGGGCGAGACGACCACAUCAUUUCUCUUGAUUAAAUCGGCGCGUCCGUCGGACUCGGGGCAUUAUCAGUGUAAUCCAUCAAACGCAAAGCCCCGCAGCGUCACGGUACAUGUGCUCAAUGGUGUUUCUCAUUCCGUUUCCAGGGGAGUUCCCAGCAGCAAUGCAGCACGCGGCACCAGCGCAUCCUCGCCACUCGCUCACUCGCUAUCUCUGUGUGUACCUGUGUGUGUGCUUCUGCACCUGGGCGCUUGUCGGACGCUCCACACGCUCCUCGCUUCGGCAGCUCGUGUCGCCUCCGCCUAUCGUCGGCCAAAGCGUGGCCCAGCCGGCAGUGUGUCCGUUUGUGGGAUUGGUGGCAUACGACAGCUCCUCGAGUGCAUUCUGAGUCUCUGCUGCUGCUGCUGCUGCUGUUGCUGCUGGCAUUGGCAGGGCCGCAGACCAUGGUGCUGGUGGCAACCGCAAGAGGAGCAGCCCCUGCCACAACAUGAACUGAGACUACAAUCAAGGAAGACGGCACUGGAGACGGACACGUUAAGGCAGGUCUUUGAGGCGGACAUAAGGUGAGCGAUCCCUCGACCCGCUCCACGCUAAACCAACAGCUCUACACCCUAGACACACUGUAACUAUAAUAACUAUAACGUAUCUUAUAUGAAUAUACAUAAAUCUAGUGGCUAUUGGGUUUUUCUAUGAAUCAGCGACGUAUACGUAAUAUUUAGCACAAAAUAUGAAUGAUAAUACGAAAAUCAAGCCAAGUUGUCGCCUUUUUUUCUAUGUACGACUUUGUAUCAUACAAUGAAGCUGUCUACGUUUUCGGUUAACUAAACCUUUGAUUGGAAAUUGUGUAUAUAGGCUGCAUAGCAUACCUAGAGUCGCUUUUUCAAUUGACGAUGAUACUCUCCUUUCGACAACUAUGAAACUUUUAUAGAACAAAACCAGACAAAAAACAGAAAAAGAAAAGAAACCCCCAAAAAGAAAAACGAUUUUCCCCACUGUAAACGCUUCUCGACUGCCAUUUUGUGACUGUUUCCUUCGAAGGCAAGGCGAAAACUCUCAUUUGCAUUUGGUCAAGUCCUAAUAGACAGAUAAAUGUUCAACCAAAAAAGGAAAAAAUAUGAAAAGAUUCAACUUCAAAUACAACAUAAACCAAAAGGAAAAAAAAUAAAAUAAACACUAGCAAUACACGUGGCAAAAACUGUAAAAUAUAAAAGGAAAUUCGAACCUAGAGGGAGGGAAAUUUAGCUACAAGUUAAUGCGAAACGAGAGAAGGAGAGUGUUUGUUCUUUUGGCUGAUAAUGCAUCUGAAUGGUUAGAGACUAAGUCAUGAAAUACAUAAAGAGUAACCCUCGAAUAAGUUUUUUUCAGUUGUGUUUUGUGUAAUGUAAAAAUUUAAUAAGCAUAAUUAAGUACGAGUAUUAACCAAAGUGCAGAGGAGAAGACACGUAAGACAGGAACGGUUUGAGUAUAGGAUACAAUCGGCAUAGAUGGAAAUUUGUUGCACAUUUCAUAAAUUUAUUUGUUGUUAAUAAAUGCGAAAAUUAGACAAGUGUUAAAUAAAACCAUCUCAAACAGAAAGGGACAAUGUUUAAAUAUAUACAAAAAAAUGCUAUGAGUAAAAGGUAUUUUCAAGCUAUCUUCUAAAGGGAAUUUCCUUUAAUUUGUUCGAGUGUUUUCACUUUUCUUUUUUUGUAUUUUUUGUGUAUUUCUAAAAUUCUGCGCUUUUGUCAGUCUAGUUUCUAUCAUUCCAUGAAUCUUUGCCAUCGAGCACACAUAAAACUAAUCAAAAAUCAAAUAGGCGUAAACGAAAUAAAAUCCAUUUCAGUGUUAAGCGAAUGCAAGGCACAUUAACAAAGAGUUACAGAUAUAAAAAAAACUAAAAACUAUUGAUAGAAAUUAAAGUGAAAAACAAAAGAAAAAAGGAAAAGUUUCAUUAAUCAAGCUAAGCAGUAAAUAAAAUAAAACAGAAACAGAAAACAGAAAGCUAUUGAAAUCCAGCAGGAGUAAUCAGAGGCAUCCAAUCGAAAAAUCCAAAACCAAAACCAAAACCCAGCCCGACAUAUGUAUUUUCCAUAAGCUUUUUUCCAAUUACCAUGUAAAAUAUCGACACUGCAAAUACACAUUCAAUAUCUAUUCAGAUGAAAUUUCAAGCGAGAAAAUUCUGUAUACAUAAAAACGAAUUCAAAUUAGAAUUCCCAUUGUGUUUGAUGAGGCGUUUUAUGGCCAUUCGAUAUUUAUUGCAAAAAUUCUGUCAAACAGUUGAUUAUCAAGCAUCAAACACACGCCCACCCAAUGCGGAAUAUCUAAGGUGUUUUCUCCAUCACUCUGGUCUUUCUCUCUUUGAAAUUCCCAUAUGCCUCGAGCAUUUGGAAAAGUGACAAAUUCUUAAGAUACUUAAAUUCUAAGCAAACAAAAAAUAAGGAAAAACAUUUAACGAAAAUAGAAAAAAACAGAAAACUAAUAGAACGCAUAAAACUGAAGUAAUAUUGUAUAUGUAAA